UCAAGCUCGACAAGAACGGAAACGGCUAGCAAUAGAGAGAACUCCGAGCUCGCGGUUUCACGAGAGCUUUAGAAGAGGGCGGCGGCGGCGGCGGCGGCGGCGUGAAAGAGAAUGGGCGGAAGGGGCAGGUCGCGGACUCAGAGGAGGCACUUCGCGCAGGGCAGGGAGAACGUGUGGAAGCGUCCCAAAUCCGAUCCCAACCCCGACGCCAACCCCGACGCCGGCAACGGCAACGGCAACGGCAACGGUGCCGGAAACGCCGGCGGCGAUGCCUCCUGGCAGCCUUUCGCCACUCAAAACCUCGCCUUUGACGAAUACUACAAGGGGCAAGGGAUAGUGUCCCAAGAAGAGUGGGACGCAUUUGUCGAGUGCCUCCGGAAACCAUUGCCUGCUGCUUUUCGCAUUAAUUCAAGUAGCCAAUUUUGGAUGGACAUUCGAUCACAGUUAGAGAACGACUUUGCAAAAUCUCUGCAGGCUGAGUUUAUCGAGGGGGAUGAAGUGCAGGCCAUAAGACCAUUAGCCUGGUAUCCUGAGAAUCUCGCAUGGCAUUCAAACUUUUCCCGCAUGCAGCUGAGGAAGAAUCAGGCUCUUGAGAGGUUUCAUGAGUUCUUAAAGCUGGAAAAUGAGAUUGGGAACAUCACAAGACAGGAAGCCGUCAGCAUGGUGCCACCUCUUUUCUUGGAUGUACAACCAGACCAUUUUGUGCUGGACAUGUGUGCGGCUCCUGGAUCAAAAACAUUCCAGUUGCUUGAGAUUAUACACCGAUCAACAAAACCAGGAUCAUUACCUAAAGGACUGGUCAUUGCCAAUGAUUUGGAUGUCCAACGAUGCAAUCUUCUCAUUCAUCAAACAAAAAGAAUGUGCACUGCCAACUUGGCGGUCACAAAUCAUGAAGCUCAACAAUUUCCAGGCUGCCGUUUAAGCAAAAGUCAGUUUGAUACUUCUGAGAUGGGAAAUCAGUUGGGUCCAUGCCUUAAUCAACUCCUUUUUGAUCGUGUCUUAUGUGACGUUCCCUGCAGUGGAGAUGGUACCCUCAGAAAGGCCCCGGAUAUAUGGAGAAAGUGGAAUACAGGAAUGGGCAAUGGAAUCCAUGGCUUGCAAAUUCAAAUAGCGAUGCGAGGGAUCUCAUUGCUUAAAGUUGGUGGGAGAAUGGUUUACUCGACCUGUUCGAUGAAUCCAAUCGAGAAUGAGGCUGUGGUUGCUGAGAUUCUGCGAAAAUGUGGAGGCUGUGUUGAACUACUUGAUGUUUCUGGUGAGCUUCCUCAACUUAUCCAGCGGCCUGGUCUUAAGAAAUGGAAGGUUCGUGACAAAGGCACCUGGCUGGCUUCCUACAAAAAUGUUCCCUUGUCCCGUAGGGGUGCAGUGCAUCCCAGUAUGUUUCCUUCAGGUAGUUCUGUAGAACCUGUCGAUCACUCUGUAGGACUUGAAGAAGAGCACCAGAAUGGUCAUGCUACAAGUUCGGAAGACCCACGGAUUCAAUUUGAUGAGCCUGUGACUUUGGUCAAUAAUCUUGAGGAGGAAGUUUCUACUUUCCCGCUGGAACGUUGCAUGAGAAUAGUGCCUCACGAUCAGAAUGGUGGAGCUUUCUUUAUUGCCGUCUUCCACAAAGUGGGCCCCCUGCCAGUAGGUACCCUGGAGAAACACAAUAGCCAUCAAGAAAAAUCUUCCUUUCAUAGUGAUAGACAGUCUGAUGAAGCUCAAGAUAAGCUCUUCAAAGAUGUGAGGACAUCCGAGGAUAUUUCAGCAAAUGGCAACAACGAGAAAGUCGCAGAAGCCGCUCUGGAAGCUUGUGAGGAUGGCCCACAAGAAGCUCUUUUGGAAACAGAUUCUGGGAAUGCCUGUGGAAAUGAUGACUCAAAAGAGGCUGAAGCUCCAAGUGAGGAAAAUGAUGGAAAAGCAGGAGGUAAGAGGAAGUUGCAGAUCCAAGGCAAGUGGAGGGGCGUCGAUCCUGUUGUGUUUUUCCGAGAUGAAGAUGUCGUAAACAGCAUUAAGAACUUUUAUGGCAUUGUUGAUUCCUUCCCAUUGAGUGACCACCUUGUAACAAGGAACAGUGAAACUACCCGUGUGAAGAGGAUUUACUAUGUUUCAGAAUCAGUUAAGGAACUUCUGGAGCUGAAUUUUAAAGUGGGCCAGCAACUUAAGAUAACAUCUAUAGGCCUUAAGAUGUUUGAACGACAAACAUCAAGAGAAGGUACCUCUGCACCAUGCUUGUUCCGCAUAUCAUCUGAAGGCUUGCCACUCAUCCUCCCAUAUCUGACCAAACAAAUCCUAGACGCAUCUGUGGCGGAUUUUAAGCAUCUUUUGCAGUACAAGAGUAUUAAAUUUACAGAUUUUGUUGACGCUGAAUUCAGUGAGAAGGCAACAAAGCUGCUGCCUGGCUGCUGUGUAAUAGUUUUGUGGAAAGAUAAUGAAGACUCAUCAAAUCCAAAUCUUGUGCACGAGUCCCCGAUAGCCAUUGGUUGCUGGAGGGGUAAGGCGUCAUUGAGUGUCAUGGUGACUGCCAUUGAUUGUCAGGAGCUGCUAGAAAGGCUUUUGCUGCGUAUGGAACCUAUGAAGGAAUCUACAGUGCAAGAGAGCGAGCCUUUAAAAGAUGCAAAUGAAGUGAACAAUAGUGACAUGGUUGAGGAUGCUGACGAGAUUACACUCAAUGCUGAAAGCUGAACAAAGGUUGGUUGUUGUGUUCAUACACUUCGUGUAUACUAAUUGAUUCAAUCUAGUUCUUAAGAUUUUCGAUGGCUAAAUUUCUUGUCAUUCCUUAUAUCGCCUCCACCAAUUUUGGCCCUUAGAACUUGGCAACUUUUUAAAUGGGUCUAUAGGAAUGCUUGCAGAUUUUGAUUGGGAUGAUAGGUUCUCUAUAAUAGAUGGCUGGUUCCCUUGUAACAAUAUAUUUACUUCUCACCAUAUUUAUGAUUAUGCUGUGCAACAACUUACAUUCAA